AUGAUCCAUGGACUUCACGGCUCGUUGAUGGCUGUCCCCGGCUCUGCAGCGUGCCAACCUGUUCUAUCCAACUGCAAAAAGCCUCUCCUAUUCGACCUUAAUGUCUACAACGAUGACGCUAGACAUUCGAUAAUCCGUGCAUGCACUGUUGACGCUGGAAAGCCAAAGGUCAGACGUUCCGCUUUUGUGCCAAUUGCAGCCUAUCAGAACAAGACCAUGGACCACGGAAAAGACGACUUAGGCCCGGAGACCGCUACUAGCAUGUCUAUCACUGCUUCGACUGUUUGUGGCGCAAAGGGGGCCACUGUUGAAGCCCUUUUUACCGCCAACCCACCUAUGCUCAACCCUGGAGUUGACACUGCCUCUGCGGCUGCCCUUUUGGCAACUUAUACCAUCAACAGUCCUUCCUGUGGCGAAACUAUUCUUUUGGCUAAGACAGGCGCCGCUAUUGUUGGCCUAUAUCUUGGUGCGGAGGUCCAGGCACAUAGCGCCGGAGAGCUUAUCAAUAAAUUUGGGUGCCAGGGUACCCAAGUGGUACAGAGCUGCAAUGUCUGGGCUAGAGAAGCUAGAACUGUUGGCCUUUUUGCCGUGGAUGACAUUGCAGAUCUUGAUGAGGUUCAGAGAGCGCUCAAGAAGUGGUCUCGUGGCGGAUGUCUUGAUAUUCCAUCAUCAGCCGGACAGGACAUUCAUCGCCUUUUGAAUUUGGGUAUUCUCACUGCCCCACAAAGUGAUAACUCCACAAACUCCCAUAUGGUUGCGCCAACGUCAGUCCGUGCGAGGACUAGCCUUCAGUCUGUGGCAGCUCGAACAGGAUCUCUGACUGCUCGAGGAGACUGCAACGCCAUCCAAGUUGUCGAAGCAGAUAGCUGUGCAGCACUGGCCGCCCGAUGUGGUAUUCGUGGCAAGGACUUCCUCAAGUUUAACCCGAAGCCAGAUCUCUGCACAACGCUCGUUCCCAAGCAGUGGAUUUGCUGUUCUGAAGGCACUGUUCCAGAUAUGCGGCCAAAACCUCAAGCUGAUGGUACAUGUGCUACUUAUACUAUUAGCUCAGGCGACGGCUGCUGGGCUAUGGCAGACAAUUUCGGAAUUACCCAGGAUAAUAUCGAGAAAUUCAAUAAAAAGACCUGGGGCUGGGCUGGCUGUAGUAGACUACAGCCAGGCCAGGUUAUCUGUCUUAGCAAUGGCAACUCCCCUAUGCCCGCGCAGAUUGAGGGUGUUAGCUGUGGUCCACAAAUGCCUGGUACUAAGAAGCCUUCUGGUCCUUUUAACGGGUCUGAUUUAGCAAAGUUGAAUCCGUGUCCUUUAAAUGCUUGUUGUUCUGGAUGGGGUUUCUGCGGUGUUACAGCUGAAUUUUGUACAGAGUCUCUAGCUGACACAGGUGCUCCUGGAUCAUCUAAGCCUGGUACUAAUAGCUGUAUCUCUAACUGCGGCACUGAUAUUGUGGGAAAUGAGAGCCCAGGGACUUCCUUUAACCGUAUUGGUUACUUCCAGGCUUACAAUACUGCCCGCAGUUGCCUUAAUAUGGACGUUACUGAGAUUGAGGGGGCUUUUAAGGACCUUACACACGUGCAUUUUGCUUUCGCUGGCCUUACUGAGGACUUUGAUGUGCAUAUUGAUGAUACUAUCCGCGAUCAGUUCGACAAAUUCAAAGCUAUGCAGGCACCUUUUAAGAAAAUAGUGUCAAUCGGCGGAUGGGCCCAAUCCACGGAUCAAGACACCUAUAAACGUUAUAGGGAUGCGAUGCUUGGGGCAAACAGAGCAAAAUUCAUUCAAAAUAUCGUUAAUUUUAUCAACGCUAAUAACCUUGAUGGCAUUGAUAUUGAUUGGGAAUACCCCGGUGCAUCUGACCAAGGGAUUCCAGCCUCAGACCCCAUUGAUGCAGAGAAUUACCUUAGGUUCCUUGCCUUCUUAAGAGAAGCUCUCCCACGCGGCGAGAAGUCAAUGUCUAUCGCUCUACCAGCGUCUUAUUGGUAUCUCAAGGCAUUCCCUAUUCGUGCGAUGAACGUCUUCGUCGACUAUUUUAUCUAUAUGACCUACGAUCUUCAUGGCCAAUGGGACUAUGGAAAUAAAUUCGUUAACCCUGGUUGUCCUAAUGGAAACUGCCUUCGCUCCCACGUUAAUCGUACAGAGACAUACAAUUCUCUUGCUAUGAUCACUAAAGCCGGCGUUUUACCCUGGGCUAUUAUGGUUGGUAUCUCAAGUUACGGACGAAGCUUCCGUAUGUCAGACCCAAGCUGCACCGGUCCUAUGUGCACGUUUACUGGUUCUUAUGGACAUUCGGAAGCGGAGCCUGGCAAAUGCACUGAUACCCCUGGCUACAUUGCUAAUGCUGAGCUGAAUGAAAUCUUGACUGAUGCUUUAGCGGGCGUCGAGGGCGUCGCGGCCCAGAAGUGGCAUGAUCCGCAGUCGGAUUCAGAUAUAAUUUCAUGGUCUGGGCAAGGGGUGACCGACUGGGUAGCAUACAUGGAUGAUGAUACCAAAGCACAGCGCAUUGAAUGGGUGCGCAGUUUGAAUCUUGGGGGGACCACUGACUGGGCUAUAGAUUUGGCCAACUGGAAUCGCGGGCCUGAUAAAGCCGGUGGCUGGACAGUCGAAUCAGACAACCUGCAAUGUGACUCAACUACAUGGCCUACCACGCUCGACGACCUAGAGAAAAAUAUUGGUAAGGUGCAGGUAAACUGCCGCGGCCGGGCUGUACUCAGUAUUUUGGCUGGAGACCUGCAAGAUGCCAUUGCCAAGUAUAGAGAGGUUUCGUCUUCGUCUGAUUAUAACGAUAGGUUCAAAUGGUACGCUGAUUGGGUGAAGGAUUCCAUUAAUGCACGCCUGGAGAAAUUCAUGGCUUUCAAAACCGGCGAAGGCCUUAAAUACAUGGACUGUAAAUGGUCUACGAAUAAGGUAAAGGGCCAGGGCCCUUGUACUGAAAUGGAUCUUACUACCGCAGACAACAAGUACGGCCACGAAGGAACCCGCGUCAUCGAGUACACAAUGCGUGACGAAGAACAGUUUUAUAUUGCCCUCCAGAAAGAAGCUGGUAUCGACAAAGAGUGGAUUCAGUGGAAGGAUUAUAGAAUAUAUGAUCCUUUUUGCCGUACAUGCCCCCCAAAGGCAGAUGGCUGCCACCCUGACUACUGCGGAGAUGAUUAUAUUCUGCACAAGAACUUUCCACGGCGCAUUGAAGAUAAGGAUAAGAUCACUGUGGAAAGUCCAAAAGAUACCAUUGAUAAAGCAAUCCCUUACUUGGAUAAAUUAUCAAUCAUUGCAAUCGCUACCCUUUUUGAGAUGCAAAUGGGAGUUUUGGAUGCUGACGCCGCUGAUGUGGUAACUUCCUUUAGCAUGCCUCUUUUUAUGCUACAGGAUGCAUCUAAGUCUAUCGAGGAAAUCAAAAAGAUUGGUAAAGAAGAAAAGGAUAAGAAGACUAAAGAACUUGUUCUUAUGGUUCUAUCUAUUGUUUUCGCGGUUAUUCCUUUCGCUGGAUUUGUUGGCCAGGCAGUUGGCGUUGCUACAAGGUUUGCAGCAGCAGCACUCAUUAUUGGUGAAAUUGGUAGCGCUGCCGUAUCUAUUGUUGAGAUCAUCGACAACCCGGCAUCGGCACCAUUUGCUAUCCUUGGAAUUUUGAUCGGUGCUGAAGGCAUUGAGCUCAAAGGCGCGCGCACUGCCUUUAAGGAGGCUGCUGCCGUCCGCCGGGCGCUUACUGGCAAAUCUCUGGCAUCUUUCUCAGAGGAGUUCGUACGCAAGGAUGCAAUUAUACAGGGGAUUAUCAAGAGCUGCUUCCGGUAG